AAGUGCCAUGAGCCUUUGGACUGAGUUGGAUGUGCACAUGGCUGCCAGGACCGGAUAUCUAUUGGCGCAAAUGCGAAGCUUUGUGUUGGAGCUGGGACACAGGAAUGUAAAAGUUCGAGAGACUCUGGCCAGAGUCCUGAUCUCUCCAGAUGGUCACAGGAUAUAAACUGCAGCUGGGAGGCAAGUUCCAGAACCCUCCUAGAGAAGCUCUGAGGCUGCAGAAUCGCGUUAGACAAAAAGGAGAAGAUGAGGAAACUUCUGGUGCUGCUACUCCUGACCCUGGCCCUGGCAGUCUCCUGCUAUUGUGAAAGAGAUUCAAAGGACUCCUUGGAAUCACAUGGUGUUGAAGGUGUCAAGGUAAAAAGAGAAACAGCCAAUGCCUUUGUGAGGAGGCAGAAGAGGUCCUACCCCUAUUAUGAAAGGUACUAUGAAUUGUACAAAUCCCCAAUGGAGCUGAGGAAGGAACAGUGUGAAAACUAUGCCCCCUGUGACUACCUGUCCGAACACGUGGGAUUUCAUGCUGCAUAUCAGCGUUACUUUGGGAGAUUCUGAAGAAGAGACUGUCCCUUCCCUCACCUGGCUAGGGUUCAGUCUGACCUCCAUAAAGACUGGGGUAGUGGGAGGAAGGGAAGGAAGGAAAAGGGAGAGGUAGAUUGGGCCCACUUCAAUUCUGCUCAGCACUGAUGAGAGCACAAUGGCAAAAGUUACCCCAUAUAUCCAUUUUCCAGUCUGAGACUGCUGAAUACUAGUUGUGAUCCUUCUACCAAAGGCAUUCCCCUCUGUGGCCUCCCAUGGUAUUUUGAGCUUCUUCAGAGAAAGGAAGGUGAGGAGAAUCCAUCUUAUCUGCUUCCCACAGAAGUUCCAGAGCAAGUUUAGAAAGAGGAGAUUCUUCUGAAGAAACUCAAAAUAUGACAAAGGGUGGCAGCAAGAUCUUUUGUGCUCCCUCCCCUGCCAAAAAAAUACAAGAUGAGGGGUGAAUAAUAUGAGCAAUACAACAGUGUGUGUGGGUGUGCUGUGGAGAGCAGCGAUCCUUAUGCACUCACUGGAAAGGGAAGGGUCCUGAUGCUUCCUGUUGUGAUGGGGAAAGUUCAGCAGUUUGCCACCAUCAGGUUCCAAAACGGGAUGAUCAGCCCAAGUGUAUGUUUGUGACAACACAUGAACCACUAAAGGUUUGGUAAAAAGAAAAGGAGGACUUCUGGCACCUUAGAGACUAACAAAUUUAUUUGAGCAUAAGCUUUCGUGAGCUACAGCUCACUUCAUUGGAUGCAGUCAAUGGAAAAUACAGUGGGGAGAUUUAUAAAGGUUUGGUGGUUCCAUUCAACUAAGCACCUUGAUUUUAUAUACUUCACUGAGCUUCUUGGACCUGCAAAAUUGGGGUGGAAAUCUCUGCUACUUCUGGUACACCCUGUUUCUGGUCAGGCUGAAAAUACCCAAACAAAAAGCUGUUCCUCAGAAUUAGUUGGGCACUUAUGUUUCUGGUCCUGGCUGAAACAACAACAAACAACAAAUAUACACAGGCAGCUGUAAAAAUAAAACAAAAAGUUAAUUGAAUUUUUAUGAAUCUUCAACAAAAAAAGGGGUCAGUUCAGGGUUGGGUUGGGUUGGGUCAGUGCCAGGUUUAUCCCAAUUGGUUUGCCGAUCCCCAAUAUGUAUCUUUCCUCUUUGCAAAUUCAUGCAGGUAUCUUUUUAUGAGUGUUAUGCCUAAGCAACUUUCUGAAAUUUCACCUGUACCAUCAUAUAUUCUGUUCUGUAAGGGAGAUGUCAGGUUCUCCAGAGGGGCAGGUGUCUGCUUAGCAGCAAAAUUCAGAUGGUGGCUGGUGAAAUCAUCCCCAGCUGUUGGCUAUAAUAAACGCUGGUUAA